CGGAAGCUGGGUCGUUUAAACGCGCUUGCUGGAACAGGAAGAGAAGCAGACAACUUCGAUGUGGUUGAUUUGAGAAGUUCACCAAAGUUGCUGUUUUCCCACUCAGUGUUUUUGGUGAUUUGCUGUCUGUCAGCUGGCAGUACUCUCUGUCAGGUUAUCUUCAGAGGCCUUAACAAGAGAUGACGCUGCAAUGGACUGUGGUGGCCCUCUUCCUCUAUGUGGAGAUGGGCAUUCUUGUCAUCCUCUGUUUACCCUUCAUCUCAGCCAGGAGGUGGCAGAGUAUUUUCCAGCUGAGGAUCUGGAGCAGUGUGGCGCAGUUAUGGAACAAAGUGUUUCUCACAAUGAUCAUAAUACUUAUUGUCCUCUUCCUUGAUGCAGUGCGUGAGGUGAGGAAAUAUUCAGGUAAAGAAGUUGGCACAGAUGCCAAGCUGCAACCGAGCAUGUUUGAUCACCUGCACAUGAAGCUUUUCAGGGCCCAGAGGAACCUCUACAUCUCUGGCUUCGCUGUCUUUCUCUGGCUGGUUAUGAAGCGAGUGGUCACCUUGAUUAACCAACUGGCAUCAGUGUCUUCCACUACUGCUGCUCUUCAGGCUCAGGCCGACAGUGCUAACCAGACUGCCAAGAAAUACAUGGAGGACAAUGAGUUGCUCAAACAGACUCUGAUGGAAGGGAAGGGUGAUAAGGCGACCGCAGAGGGCAUGGAGCUGUUGAGGAAAGAUGUGGAGAGACUGAAAGAAGAACUGAAGACCUCAGGAGAUGCCCUGAAGAAAUCCCAGUCAGAGGCAGAUGUGAUGAAGAAGCAGACGGAUGGCCUCGCCAGGGAGUAUGACAGACUGUUGAAAGAACAUCAGGAGCUCCAGAAUCUCCAAGACAGCGGAAACAAAAAGGACGACUAAUAAUUGUAAAAUCCUCCAGAAGGUUGAAGUCUUUACACAGCAACAAACUCGAGAGAGCCACCGCAAUGCACGCACGCUUUACCUUCAUAUCACGCCUUGUGUCACAGUGCAUAUCACAAAACCAGGAUUGGCUCCUCUAAGGUGGCAGUAAUGGUUUUAAAGCAUGGAGGCACAUUUUUAUGAGGGCACCAGACUGGCUUAAACGGAAUGAGUAACAUUUGAUGGUUUCUUGUUUCUGCCUGGCACAGUGUGACUGAGAGGAUUGCUUUUUCAAGUGCACACUCUAUCAGGCAGAUUAAUUGCGCACGGUAAUUAGAGAGAAUUUAGUCGGUAAUUGACCCAGGUCUGAUCACCGACAACUUAAUAUGUUAAAGGAAUAUGCAACAAGGAUGGGUGUUGUUUUAUGGUUUGUACAUUUGUUUUUUAUCCAGGUGCACAGUGUACAGGGCAGGAUUUGUUGUAAUCUAGAGCUCUCUGUUACUGUUACUGUGGUAAACAGCUAUGAAUGUAUUUUGAUAUUAAGGGUUUGCUUCUUUAUUUUUCGGUAUAUAGCAGGGACACCUGCUGCACCCACUUUGAGCCGAAUGGCACAGUAUGUAUAUUUAGUCUGUUCUUGCAUGGCUGUGCAAAUAUAGUUUGCAUGUGCAGUGGCACUUAGACAAAUCAUUUUCAUACUUUUUGUUGUAUUACAGCCGAUGAUCUGUACUUUAAGUAAAGGAUAAUGGUUAGAGAGUUCUAUCAUCCAGUGCUGAUAUAAAUAAAACUGAAUAUCUGUAGGAAUAGAAAAUUGCAUUAAACCACCGUUCAACCACAUGUUCUUAAUUAAAGUUUAUAAUACAAUAGAUUCAGUCUUGGUCAAAGGUAGGUGUUAAAAUAUGUCUUGUGUAUGUUUCUCAGCCACAGAAGGCCCAGAUUGCUGUAUAUUUGCUGCACUGCGUGUUUCAUUUUUGGGUUAGCGCAUGAGUUGUAGUUAUGUGUCAUGAAAAUAAUGAUUGUUAUAUUUCUGUUAUUUAGACAGAGCCUUGUCACUGUGAAAGAGGAGCAGAGGUUGUGAUAUCCAGAUGCUUUUAUGUCCCCCAUUUUUUUUAAAUGAUUAAUAGGCAUUGUCGGUCUGUCCACAGUUAUGUAUCAGGACAUAAAACUGCAAAAAAAAAUCCCACAAAAGUUGUUUUCUGCCUUUUCUGUUAAAGACAGAAAUCAGAUUGAAGUGCCUUUUUAUUUGGAUGAAGUACAUUUACUUUAAUAAAGAUUCAUUCCUUUA